AGCCGCGCAUCGGCGAUGUUUACUUCCUCUGGAAGAGCACUCUCAGAUACGGCUUGUAAUAGUGUCGAAUGUCUUUCCUCGGCCACUGUCCGUUCCGGAGCGAAUAUGGUUUAUGAUGGCAGUUAUUCUACGAGGUUAUUUCCCCAGAAUUAUGGGUCAGAGACAUAUGAACGAGAAACACCGCCAUAUUCUGUGUCAAAAUCUGUGGUAUAUGGAGAUGGUUACUAUAUGAAUGAAAGUGUUCCAGAUACUUGGUCUUCCAAUGCAAGUCUUAAUUCACCCAAUUACACAUUUCCUACAUCCUUAAUGCCAAAUCCACCUGCUUUAAAUCAUGCAGCUCCAGGUUUUUCAUCAAUGUAUCUACCUACAGAUUUAUUGCAAACAUGUUCAGCUGACCAAACCAAUAGUAGCUUCUCGUCUGCACCAUCAACUCCUAUCAGUUCACCUCCACCAUUAACCUCAUCUGUCCCAAAUUGGCCUCGUGGAAAUAAUCAGUUCAAUCCUCAGCCUGCUUCAUAUACAGAGCUCACAAAUACUGUUAAUACAGGGGGAAUAAUUGAAGAAAGGCUAGAUGAUGCUAUAAAUGUGUUAAGGAAUCAUGCUGAAGGAUCCCUGAUACAAACACUGCAACCGGCUGUGCCUGUAGGUUCUUCACCUACUUCUAAUUUGAAUACUUUACAUUCCAGUAUGACACAAGGAAAUUCUCCACCUGCUGUAAAAACUUUUCCCGGAAUAGUCCCAAUCACCCAAGUGGUUCCACAACAAAAUGGACUUCCAGAUAGCAGAAGAGCUGUUAUUGGAGCUCCAGGUCAAACAGUGCCAACGCCACAAACCUUUGCUGCAGUAAAUUCUUGUGGAAAUCUAAAAAUUGAAGGUUUAUCUGAUGCCAAAGACUUGACAGCCCUUCAGGUUCCUGUUGAAACUCUUCCUGUCAUUGCACCAACUCCUAUAUGCACACCUAAUUCUAAUAGCACGACUAGUAGGAAGUCUGUAUCAUCCAGGGGUGUGAAAAGAACACGGUCCAGAUCUGUAGAUGAUGAUGAUGAUGAACCUCCAGAAGUUAAAGCUGAAAAAGAUAAAGAAAGGAGGCAAGCCAAUAAUGCCAGAGAAAGAAUACGAGUGAGAGACAUAAACGAAGCGUUUAAAGAGCUUGGACGGAUGUGUAUGUUGCAUUUGAAAUCAGACAGAGCUAUGACAAAACUCAACAUUCUGUACCAAGCGGUUGAAGUUAUUUCUUCUUUAGAAAAUCAAGUCAGAGAGAGAAAUUUAAAUCCAAAAGUUGCCUGCCUUAAAAGAAGGGAAGAUGAAAAGAAUGAGGAAAUGCCAAAGGCUCAUGGUCCUGCAGGAAUGACUCAUCUACUAGAUCCUUUCCCACAGAUGAUGGCUCACCAUCCAGCACAACCAGUAACUCAACACACUCUUCCUGUGUCCCAGCCUUGAAAUUUAAAGCUUUUGUAUUUGGAUUUCCAAUUACAGGCAUUACUUGAAAGUCCGACAUUUUUAAAAGAAAAACCAAAGAAUACUUAAAUAUAUAUAUAUAUAUAUGUGAAAUAAAAAUUCAGUGUGCCAUCAGUGAGAAAAUUCAAACAUGAAGAUGAACUCUUGUAAAGUGAUUUUUAUGUUGCUAAAAAUGCAAUGAAUGUCAGCAACAGUGAGAAAUAUUUCAGACAUUUAUGUAGAUGCAAGAUAUGGACAGUUCAUACAUACCUCAGUGCUUAAAAAAAAGCAUGAAAGGAAAUUAUACAAAUAUUUACUUUGUAUAUUUUAUUUAGUCUAUUUUUGCAGUAAUUUCAUAUAUGUAACAGAGGCAUUGAUAAAAAAAUGGUUUUCCAGUGAAAUAUUUUAUUCUAUUUGUAAAUUUCUUGAAAUCAAGUGAAUAGCAAGGUUUAAAAAUUAGACUAUUUUUUCAUAUUGCAAAAAUUAUUAUGCAUGUAAAUGUUUUCCAAGAAUAUUUCAAGCACUCGCCUAAUAGUGAAGUUGUGGUUUCUAUUUAGAUGGUCUAAAAGUUAUGUCUUGAAGAAGCCAAGAAGUAUACCGAACAGUGAGAAACUAAAUUUUAUGAUAUUCAAACUUUGCUUCUUAAUUAUUUAAAUCUGUUACCAAUUUUAGUGACUUACUAUUAAUUAACAGGCCCAGCCCUAUAGCAGGUCCUAAAACUAUAUUUUGAAGAUAAGACUGUUGUCUACCAUUUAGUGGCAAACUAAUAUUAAAGCUUCAUUUUUUAUUUAUUCAAGUGCAUUAUUAAUUUUAGUGAGAUAUAUCAUUAACUAACAGAGCAUGUGUUACUGUUGUGAUUGUACUGGGCAGUAAAAGUUAGGAAACAGCUAGAGAAGAUUUUAAAAGUGGUAGAGAUAACACUAGGCAACAAAAUAUCUAGUACCAGUCUUGUUUACUAAUUUGGCCUUUUAUUCAUUAACAUAAUUUUAAAGUAUAAUGAUUGGAGUACACAUUUUAUUUUAAAACUCCUUAUCUUAUUUUGUAGGGGAGACACAUUUUUUAUAUUUAAAGUGCAAUCUUGUCAAAUAUAAUUUUACUUCAAUAUUAAGAACUUUCCAGAAAUAGAUAGUACAAAUAUAAAAUUGAUCUAUUUAAUAAUAAAACUUGAAUAUAAACAAGAGCAACCAAAAACUCCAGUCAGUACAAUAUGUAUCACAGCCCUGGUGAAUGUGCCAAAGCCUAUGCUUAGUGACAUUUUGAUACAAUACUGUUGUCAUUUAAGAGAUAUUAAGACCUCAUAGUUCAGUUUUAUGUUACACAGCAGUCUACAAAUGCAGCUUUAUUAAAAUACUGUUACCAUACAGGAAACUAUAUUUUAUGUGUAGUUUUCUUUUUGUAUUUUAAGUUGAAGGAGAAAACUCUUCUUUCUUUAAAAGUGAGGGUUAAUACCAUCUAAUAUACUCUUCAGUGUGAUAUAUCUUUAAUGCUGCAGAGCUGAUUGUAUUUAUGUGUAUAUAAAGACAGUCACUCAUACACACUAUUUUUUUUAAUUUGAUAGUGAAUUUCAAAAAUAAAUUUGGAAUAUAAUAAAAUCUCUCUAAAAACCUUGAAUGAUGUAAAAGCAUUGCUAAUUCUGACCAUUAUUUAAAUUUUGAAAUUUUUAAGUAAGUAAAAUAAGGGUCUGUGUUUAGUAUUCAGAAAUGUGUUAUAGUAGAAGUAUUAAUGCUCAAAUAACCAGAAAAGAAAUAUCAUUACUAAACAUAUUGUAUAGUGCUCAUUAAAACACUUUUUUAUGAUGCCUCUGUAAUUGAAUCUUGCCUUAUAUUUGAUGCUGAAUGCUUUUGCUUCUUUUUUAAUUGACACAUCUAAUUUCAAUUCACAAGAGUGAAUUUUUUUAAUGUGCCAUUUGAUAUUCUUUGGCAUUAAGUUGAACUUUUCUUUACUGAAUAUUCUCUCUGCACCAAGAAGAAUAACUGUGAUGCAAAGAUAUAUAAAAACGGUAUGGCACAGUAAUAUGUAAUUUUUUUAUCCUUGGUUCUUUUUUAUGAGAAUAAGAAAAGUCAGUAUUACAUUAAAAUUUUCCUGAAAUUCCGUAUGUAUUUUUAUUACUUUUUAUGUGGGGUUUAUCUUCAUAUCCUGUAAAAGUAACUGAUAUGGGAAAUGAUGCAUGCAAUCUUGAUGCAAAUAGCUGUUUUCUUUAGGGAAUAAGUCUUAGCUGUAUGUACAGUAUUUAUUUGGAAAUGGUUUUUCAUUUACCUGUAUAUUUUUGGUUUUUUUUUUUUUUUUUUUUUUUUUUUUUUUUUUUUUAUGUCUGAUUCUGUAGGAAAAUUUUUCUUCAUAUUAAAAAGUAUGUAAAAUUGCAUUUAGAAUUGAUAAGCAUUAUUUUUAAUAUUAAUGACUUUUUUAAAUCGUAAUUGUGCAGCACUGUUCAAAUCUAAGAUACUGCGUUUCUUUUAUCACUAAAUUCUGAAUUUCUUAAAAGUAUUAUUUAAUGUAAAAAAUUUGAAUAUAUCAUAACUUCUUGAAAAUUUAUGCUAGAAUACAUAUUCUGGAAACUUUUAUAUUAAAUAUUUCAUCUAUAGUGAGCAUUAUUUGCAUUUAUCUUAUAUAUAUUUUUAAUAUGUUUAGUUCGAGGUAAUUCGAUAAUGUCUAGCCUGUACAUAAUGAACUUGGAUUUAAAAAAAAAUGUGCAUUUUUUUCCACUAUUAUGUCAUGCAUAAACAGUAAAACAUGAUCUGCAAUGUUAAAUGCUUAUUUUAUGAUAUUUUUGUAAUGUCUUUUUACAGUGUUUUAUCGUAUAGAUCAUUGUGUAUUGCCUAUUGCUAGAAAUCUUCUAUGUAUCAGAGACAACGACCAGGUUUAUUAUUUUUUAAUUGCUCAGCAUAUGAAGAGUAAUUCCAUGCAAACAUCAUUAGCAUAACAAUAAAAUCAUUUAACUAUGUUCUUCAAACUAUGUAAUUAUCAUUAAUUGGGAAUAUUAAUUUUUUAAUUCUUAAAUACUUGGUUUUUACAUAUUUUUAAAUUUAUUAGAAACUAUAUAAUAUGUGUAAUUCUCACAGCAUGAAAAUAAGUCUACAUUUUUAUAUAAUGAAGAUGUAUUUAAGUAAGAGUAAAGAAAGAUGUAAAGAGUAUUUAUUUUGGUACUUAACAAUUAAAUUAUUUCCAUACUUCUCUGUGACAUUUAUGUAUAUGUUCUUAGGAUAGGUUUGGCUUAUUGCCAUUGCUAUAAAAUGUUAUAAGGUGUAAUGGUCUCUGAUACUGGAAGUUUUAUUCUAGUUCAAUACAACUGAAUAAGGUAUUGGCAGUGGGCAGCGUUUCUGUUAUUGUCCACAUGCUAUUGAGUCUUAGUGCCAGACAUCUUGGGUACUCUAGAGUUUCAGCUAGUUUAAACAAUCACAGUUUGGGUAAUUACGUGCCCAAGUUUUAAUUACCCACUGUGCACAGUCUUGAAAAAUAAAAGUGCCAUUUUUUUAGAACUAA